AUGGACGAGCAAGCAGCUUUGGGAGACGCGAUGGCUUCUGCUCAGGGCCUUACAGUUCUUCUUCCUGUGAUACCGGCCUCUAUUCGACGACAUAUCCCCCGUCUUUAUCCCUCUCUACAUCGCCCAGUGAGAUCGGACACGAGUGUUACCACAGAAAGACCAGACCACAAGCCCAAAGAUCUUAGCUUUCUUCCGUCUUACUCGGAGCCGAAUCUGGCACUUUACAGGCAGAAAUCCGACUUGGCCUCGGGGGAUCUACAGCGCCCUGCUACUGCGGGCAGUAGCACUAACGGCCAGGAUUCGUGUGGCUCCUCGGUCUCCGGGAAGCAAUCGGAUACGAGCGAUAUCACUACCUCUGAAGAGACAAAGGGUGUGGAGCCUAUGGGGUCGGCGGUUUCCAAAUAUGAAGAGGAGUCCGGACUGCGCUGGAAUCGAGUCGUCCCAGCACUUAAUCUCCUCCGAAGUGCGGGAUAUGAAGCUCAACAACCCCAAUGUGACGGCCACCUGGUACGGUCAUUGUAUAUUAACGCACUCAGCUAUCUUCUCGAAGCCCUCCCUGUCGACUUGACUCCCGAAGAAACUGCACGCAUCCGACGCAGUCUGCCUAGUCCAGUGAACACAUCUCUCACGGCACCCUCUGCAGCUGGCUUCGUCAACCAUCGGGUGAACCCAAGCUAUCCCGCAGAGCGGUCUUAUCUCCAUCGACUUCUCGCAUCGAGUAUUAUACAGUUCUUCCUUUUGCUGCAAUUCUUGGUCCCUUAUCUUAAGAUCGUCCUGCAUCGGAUGUAUCAGUAUGAGCGGUCCCAUCGGGUCACUGAGCGUGUCGUCUCGGCGACUUUAGAUGCCGCCGAUAACUUGGGCAAAAGAGGGGUAAACCUGGGCUCAACAGUCUUAAGUCUACACGAUGGGAAAGUGGGCAUUGCAGUGUCCAGCUUGGCUGCAUGGUGGAUUGAAGGCAUUGCGGGUGGACUUUAUGAGGGGAUUGGAGAGGGCAUGACCAUCUUAGGGUUCAUUCGGCCUAAUUCCGGAGGAGCGCCAAACCAGCCUAAGUCUGGCUGCUGA